CAACUCAUUCGCGUCAGAUCUUCUUAUAAGAGUACACUGUCCAGCCUUCAAAUAUGGAUAAAUGGGAGAACAAUGAGGAAAUUGCAAUUUUCCGGGAAUACUUGCGAAUUUCAUCUGUCCAUCCUGAUAUAGAUUACAAUGCUUGUGUGGAAUUCCUAAAACGACAGGCCGCCUCCUUAAACCUCCCUGUGGAAGUUCUCUACCCUGUGGAGAGGAAACCAGUUGUGAUCAUAAAAUGGCAGGGUAGCCAGCCGGAUUCCUCCUCCAUCAUUCUAAACUCGCACAUGGAUGUAGUUCCUGUGUUUCCUGACCAGUGGACCCAUGAGCCCUUUAGCGCGGAUAUAGACGCCGAAGGCAGGAUCUUCGCCAGAGGCACUCAGGACAUGAAGUCCGUGGGAACCCAAUAUCUGGGAGCCAUCCGCCGCCUGAUGGCUAGUGGUUUUAAGACCAAAAGAACGGUUUACGUGACCUUUGUUCCCGACGAAGAGAUCGGAGGUCGCCAGGGCAUGGCAGAGUUUGUGAAAACGGAGCACUAUCGAAGGAUGAAUGUAGGCUUCAGUUUGGACGAAGGUGCCACAAGCGCAUCUGACGUGCACCAUCUCUUCUACGCCGAGCGUCUGCUAUGGGGUAUCAGAUUGAAGUUCAACGGAACCUCCGGCCAUGGCUCCCUGUUCUUGCCGGACACCGCUGGCGAGAAGCUGAACUAUGUUGUGAAUAAAUUCACAGAAUUCCGAACCUCCCAGCUGGAUAUUUUGGCCAAGGACCCAAGCCUAAACUUGGGGGACGUCACUACUGUGAAUCUCACCCAGAUAAGCGGAGGAGUCCAGAGUAACGUGGUGCCUCCACACUUUGAGGCGGUCUUCGAUAUGCGUCUGUCCAUCGCUCUGGAUGUGGUUGCUUUUGAGAAGCAGAUCCGUGGGUGGUGCGAAGAGGCUGGUGGUGGAAUUGAGAUUGACUUCUACAGAAAGGAACCAGUGGUGGCAGCCACAAAAAUGGACGCUUCAAACCCGUACUGGGUAGCCCUUAAAGCCGCCUUCGACGAACUGAGCUUAAAAGUGCAACCUAUCGUGUGCUUUGGCGCCACCGACAGUCGCUUCAUCCGCGGGCAGGGAACUCCAGUCUUCGGAUUCUCCCCGAUAAUAAAUACACCUGUACUACUUCAUGAUCACGAUGAAUUUCUGUACGCCGAUGCCUACUUGAAAGGCAUUGAAGUCUACGAAAAUAUAAUCCGCAAACUGGUAGAAGUAUAAGAUAAGAUUCUAAAGAUUGAAAUAAAGACGCCUUAUCUUAUCUGCAAGCACGGGGAAUUAGAAAGUUUCUGAAAAGGUCUGAUAGCCGCAUAGUGGGCUAUAAAUUAGCAUCGCACUUAACUCGGAAUAAAGCAUCUCGUAAAAUCAA